AUGAAGUCUGUAUCAUCUCUUCUACUGUGUCUGCUAUUGGCAACAACACAACACCAAGUCAAGGCCCACCCUGGAGCUGUUGCGGAAGGCAGAGCCACCUGUGGCGUCGAAUAUUCCACUCCUGACUCGGCCUAUGUCAUUCCAGACAUUGCCGAAGCUUGGUACAUUCGUCGGGUUUCCACUUGUGAGUCGCCAGUCUUUUGGACCAAGUUUGAAGUCACCGCAUCUGGAACCACAGCUACGGCUCAAGCAGAAGCUGCUCAGCAACUUUACAUUGCGGCGAUUUCCCCUGAAAUUGAUCGGUUUCGAGAUCAAUUGAAGUUUCACGGCGUCUUGUAUGGCCCAGGAGUUGGCGCUGACGCGACCAAUGGAUUGUCGGCAAUCCCAAGCACGCUGCCACCGGGUAUCACCGUUCGCGACGAUUUGGGUGGGGCUGCUUAUUUGGCACCACCUGAGAGUUUGGCAACUUGUUCUUUUGUGGAUACCAAUCCCGUCAUGAAGUCAUUUUCGGAUGUGAUUGGAGGAAGGUGCAUGGAACAAUAUACCUUUGAUAUCAACUAUGAUGAUUCACUUGUGCAGGGUGCCACCGUAUUCAACUGGUGGUUGUACAGUUUCGAACAUCGUACAGUGGAACCUGGAACCUACUAUUUGCAAACUUGGUUGACUCCUGCAGACGAUGUGACUCAAGUCUCUCCAGGAAAGUACGAGCUGACCCUUGGACCAUGGAUCUGGUAUCGUUACGCUUCCCAAGAGACCUUGUCCCAGGCACAAAGUCAGGGAACCAGUUGCUCGUGCGCUUAUAACGAAUUGGAUUACCGCGAGCGUGUCUUGGGCCGAUUGGGUGGAGUUGAUGCCGCCUUGUUCCAGUCGCAAUUGCCAGGUGGUAGCUGUGCUGCUGCUUCCAAUCCAGAACCAAGUAUGUGCUACACCAUUGAAAAGGAACCCUACCGAUCUGAAGACUCGGCCAUUGAAUGGAGUGGAAUGUUUUCACUUCAAGCAAAUACUACUUAUGAAUGGAGUUAUUUUGCGUAUUUUCAAGGAGCUGCCGACGGCAUUUAUGAUUACCCGGAUCCAGGCAUGUUUAUCUACGUCGUCGAAUCGGCAGACAUUGAAUCUGUGGCAGCUCAAGCAGAUUCGUCUUUGAAGGCAGCUGUGGACCUAGAGCCAACUGUCACUCGAGCCGCAGGAGACAUUGUCUCCAUUGGUGACGAGAUUCAGUACAUUUUGUUCACCAAUACUUCGAUUGCAAGCAAUACGACUGUUCUCUUUCAACCCACUGCAGAUGUUUCGAUUGCUGUCUUUACCCAACAUGUUCCAUCUGAAUUCAUGGCACACGUUCUCAGAAAUCAAGCCACUGGAGAAUAUGUCUUUCCUACUAGUAUGACACUGUAUUCCGACGAAGGCGGCGAUACUGGUGCGAAUAACAGUGCGGGGAUGGUGACGGCUGGAGUAUCUGUGGCGUCGGCAUUGUUGGGAGUCGCUGCAGCAAUGGCAUUUUAA